AUGGCAACCACCACAUCUCAUCAUUUGGUUGGGACAAUUCAGACGAGCGAAAUCAACAAGAUAUCUGCAUUUCAUAACAGACCAGGGAGGAUUUCGGUGAAAUUUAUAUCCGAGGGGAUAGGCAUUGUGACUGGUCGAAGAGGAGUCCACCACUGUAGUUUGCAGAAAUCAGGGCUGAUUCAUGCGUCAACUUCACAGUCAUCUUUGGUCGAUCCAGUUCAGCUACAAUCAACCAAAAGUGGCAAUGAUUCACGAAAGAAAUCAAGUUGGCAUUUCUACAUACUGUUUCUAUUUCUUUUUUUUGGAGAAGUUUGCCUGCUAUCAAUUUGAUAAUUUUUUCUUUUAAUCUUCUAUUGUUGCAUAGCGAUUUAAAAUUUUGAUGAUGGGAAAGUCUUUCGAUCGGACAUUGAAAUAUUGAACAAAUCUCUGAAAUGAGUUAUAUUCUGACUUCGUCUUCUCUCUAAAUCAUGCUCGAUUGCAAUCCAAUGGUAAUAAGAGACUCCUGUUGUUUACCUAGAUUGUCGAAUUUCAUUAAAUAUUGAACUGUUCUAGCAUAUAUUGUUGGUAAUGACCAAUGAUCAAUUAAUGACCUCUUUUCCAGUGAAUGCUCUGUGCAUGUAACAAUUGUAAUGUUAUGCCGCCAUGCAAAUCUGGGGCGAGGAAAAUAAAAAAUUAAUGCUACGAGAACUCAAUAAUGUGAAACGUACUGGUCAGCAAUUUUUCAAAAAAUGCUGGUUAUUCCUUCAUAAAUAGACAAACCCUGUAACGAACCGUUCCAUCAAGCUUUGAGGUUGGGGCUGGGGUUCAAGUAAGGUCUGUCAUACCCACACACACAUAAAUGUAGUCACAACACCGGACUUUUUUAGUUUCAAAUAUUCUGGUGGCCAAAUCAUAUGUAAGUUUCAACUUGUUUAGUUGCAUCAUUGUGAACAUUUUUUUAGCGUUUUCACAUCACUGGCCCUAUGCUUGCUAUCUUAUCUGAGAUCGGUAAUUUCUUGUCGCUGUUAUAUUUUUUUAAAAUUUCUUACAUCGUCUUGUUGUGUAAUAUAUUUGAUCUAUGCAAAUCGUGUUCUAAAGUUUUUGUUCCUUCUGUCAGAUGAGGUUGCUCUCAUUUUGAUUCGACAUGGGGAGUCCCUGUGGAACGAGAAAAAUCUCUUUACAGGGUGUGUUGAUGUGCCCCUUACUGAGAAGGGUGUUGAGGAGGCGAUUGAAGCUGGUAGAAGAAUUAGCAACAUACCAGUUGACAUGAUUUAUACGUCUGCGUUAAUUCGUGCGCAGAUGACCGCAAUGCUUGCAAUGACCCAGCACCGGCGCAAGAAGGUAAUAUUUUUCCCUCUUUCAAUCACUUCGAUUGGUCCUGAUUUAACUUGAUGCAGAUUUUUAUGAGAAAAUUUCAUAUUUUAUGUAUGAAUUAUAGAAAACCAUGUUAAGAUUUUGUCUUUCCUGAUUUGCAGGUUCCUAUUGUUAUGCAUGAUGAAAGCGAACGAGCAAAGGCAUGGAGUCAGAUAUACAGUGCGGAGACCAAGAAACAAUCUAUUCCUGUAAUAGCGGCAUGGCAGUUAAAUGAGAGAAUGUAAGCAUAACCCCUUUUUCUGCCUGCAAUUUCCUUCCAGGUAACUUUCAUUAAUUUGAUAUAUUUGGCAUUUUGUCUGUAUUAUUUCUUGAGCAGGUAUGGAGAAUUACAGGGUCUUAACAAGCAGGAAACAGCCGACAGAUUUGGAAAGGAGCAGGUCCAUGAGUGGCGCCGUAGCUAUGAUAUUCCACCUCCUAAUGGGGAGAGCCUUGAAAUGUGUGCUGAAAGGGCUGUUGCAUAUUUUAAAGAGCAGGUCUGUCGUCUGGUUUCAAGUGUUCAUCUCACGCCCGUUUAUGAUGGGUUUUUGUUGUGGAUUUAGACUCUGGGAAACUCUACUCUCUUCUGUUUUAUUUUAGCUGAAUCAUCCUACAUAUGUAGAUUCGUUUUAUUUUAUGUCUAAUGCAUUUGUUCAUUAAAAAGCACUGGUUUCUGCUUUAUCUUUUGCCAAGAACUAAUCUGGCAUCUGACCACUGAUGGGCGUUUUGUAAUAGAUUGAGCCUCAACUCCUGAAUGGGAAGAACGUCAUGAUUUCUGCUCAUGGGAACUCACUCAGAUCCAUCAUUAUGUACCUCGACAGGCUAACUUCUCAAGAGGUGGGUGAUACAUUGUGCUGGCUCAUCUAGGAUGAGCAUCGAGCUGUCAUUUUUUACUCUUCACAUUUGACUUGCAUGUGAUGCUGCAUGCAUCUCAUGGAGCAUGCUGCCGUUCUUUUCUUGGCAGGUUAUCAGCCUCGAGCUGUCAACGGGGAUCCCUAUGCUUUACAUAUUCAAAGAAGGAAAAUUCAUAAGGAGGGGAAGCCCAGUAGGACCCUCUGAAGCUGGCGUCUAUGCUUACACGAGGGUACGCAGCUCUUUUCUAUGGUCUCUGCGUUUUUAUGCAUGCUUCUUUAUUUUUGCUUAUUUUUCCUUAUAAUGCUUCUUGGGCAAGCUUUCGAUAUGCAUGCGAAAGUACCUAAGAUAUAAAAGUUAGUGCCCAGCACUCUAUAUAUAUAUAUAUAUAUAUAUAUACCUUCAUCUUAGUACACUUGCACAGCCUGUAUGGAAAUUGGUCCAACCCUAUAGUUUUUGCACUGAAGGUGGCGAGUGUGUCCUCAGAUGAUUCUAGGAUUACAUCUGGCCUCUAUUCUAGAAUGGAAACUGUUGCAACUCAUGCAGUCCACCGUAAAUUUUGCCGUAAUUUUCAUCUCAUAAACUCUGAAUAUUCCUCCUCAUCGAUAUCAAUGUAUUCAUGAUUUAGUUUACUGGAUGAAUCCCAAUGCCGCUUUCUUAAGCGCCAUAGAGCAAUUAAUUAAUGAAUUCUGCAAUUAAAAAAAGAAAGAAAAAAGAAUCUGAUGGUAUUGUUUCCUCUGGUUUCUAGAGUCUCGCCCUCUACAGACAGAAACUCGAUGAAACGUUGCCCUGA